CCUGACUGGGAGGGGAAGGUCUGUUUGCAAAUGAGUUCUGCAAUGUUCCAUCCUGUUUCUUAGUGCCUUUAGCUAACACGAAUGAGAAGUUGGGUUUUCAAACUUUAUUUUUAAGCAAUGGUUAUAAUCUUGGGGUAAACUUACAACAAGAGGUAAAUUCUUGAACCCAGGAACGUAUUUAACAGCACCAGUAUGGCUGACUACAACACUGAACCAGCACCUACAAAACUCAAUCAAGUUCAGGAUCAAGUUAAUGAUGUUAAAGUGAUUCUCAAAGACAACAUCAACAAAGUUCUGGAGCGAGGAGAAAGGUUGGAUGACCUGAUUGGCAAAACAGAUGAUCUUCAAGCCACGGCUGACUCAUUUCAAAGGACGUCAUCACGUGUUGCCAGAAAGAUGUGGUGGAAAAACACUAAGAUGAUGAUUAUAAUAGGUGUGGUAGUGCUUGCAAUUAUUGUGUUAAUAAUUCUGCUGGCAACAGGAGUGAUUCCCUCAUAAUCCAUUUAGAUCGUAUUAAUGUAUAUGCCCUUGUAAAGUAUAUUUAGAUGAGUUGUUUUUUACUGUGAAAUGUUUUCUUUUGCUGCUUUCGCAUAAAAUACAUUUCAAGUGACAUUCCAUAUAAACCUGUUAAGAGAUAGUAGUGUACAUAUGUUUUUCUAAUGGGAAAAUUCACUAUUUCUCUAAACUACAGCACGAUUAAUUACAAAUUAACUCUAGUAAAUGUUUCAGUGUGGUAUUUAACAUGUGACUUCAUUUUCACAUCAAGACCAAGCCAUUUCAAUAAUUUUGUAUAAAAUAACCAAGGGAAACCGAAGUCUGCAUCCUCUGAGAGGAGUUUUGAGUCUCGAGUAGUUUGAAUGUUGUAAUUUCCUUUAUGACAAUGUGACUUGUCAUGUGACAGUCAUGUGACCCCUGAACUUCAAACUACAGUCAAAUAACUUUGUACUUAUAACACUAACUUUAUACUUGACAAAAUGCAUUUGAUGGGUUUAUUGUUCUCUUUUAUUUUCAAGAUCAAGAUAUUGUUAGAAAAGGCUGUAUGACAGAAAUUAGUAUAUUAAUGUUAAUGGGUACUGACUAUCAUCUUGGCAUAUUUUGUUAUUGAUAUCAUUCAACAAUUUAAAGUGCAGACUGAUACAUUUAUGAGCCUGACAGCAAAU